UAAUUUAAGUUCUUCGUGAUAUUUGUUUGAUUAAAAAUUGUUUCUUUUGUUUUUACUAAUAAUUCAUACUUUGUGUAUCAAAAAUAAUUCCUAGAACUGAAAUCAAAACCUGUGGCAUUCCUUCCAUCGUUUUUAAGGAAACAAAUACUCUUGCAUGUACUUAAGAAAAAUAGACAUUUCCAAGAUUUCAGAACAAAUUGUUUUUAUUUUAUGUUGUAGCCAUUGAAAAAUAUAUUAUAGUGUUGGUUUAUGUAACAGUGCUGCUUAGGGAUAAAUCUGAUAAGUAUUUUUUAAAAAUCAAAAUAAAUGGUUAUUCUUGUUUCACUCAAUCAAAAUCUGAUCCCACCUUUGCACAUGUUCUCUUGGCUUUUCCAUCAGAGAACUCGACAAAACUUUUUUUAAGUAAUUUUUUUUUUUUUUUAAUACAAGACUUAUCUUAAAAUCAAAUUAGAAUGACAAUGUUAGGACUUAUUCUUAAAGUGAAUAAAUAAAAUAAAAUAGGAAAUGGCAGUCUAAACUUAUGUCAUAGUAAUUAUUUAUUUACCGGUGCAUUUAUAGGAAUAUGUACACUGUUUUCAACCACUUUUUCCACAUAUAUGGAAAUAAAAUAGUACAGCUAAACUUUUUCAAUUUUUUUUCCAAGCUGCAGAAUGAAUGUUUUUAUAAAAUGAAAAAAACAUUCUGGAAUCAGUCAUUUUUUUUACAAAUAAAAGUGAUUUCCUUUGUUUUUCAAACCACACAUAUCAUUUCCUAUCUUUACCAUUUGUGUUCCACAAUGAUUUUACUCAUAAGAUCUCCUAUUGAUAGUAUUCACCUGCCACAAUCUGUUUUGUUGUAUAUUUUUUUGCCAAAUGGUUAUUGGCAUUAUGUUCAGUUGAUUUAUUUAAUUUUUAAUUUUUUUUUUUUUUUUUUUUCGUUUUUUAAUGUUUUUUUUGUUUUUUUUUGAAAAUGAAGAUUUUUUUUAUUUACUUGAGAAAACUAAAAACUUAUUUUUUUUUUUAUUUUUUUUUGUUAUUUGUUUUUUUGUAUUAUGUUCAGUUUAUUUAUUUAUUUUUUAAUUUUUUUUUUUUUUUUUUUCGCUUUGUAAUGAUUUUUUUGCUUUGAUCUGAAAAUGAAGAUUUAUUGUACUUACCUGAGAAAACUAAAAACUUGAUUAUAACUGAAUGAUAUUUUUAAGGUAUUGUAAAUAGUUUUAAGUUUACUUAUCUAUUUUGUUUUCUCAUUUCCCCCGUGUUCAGUUUUGCAUUCACUCACAACCAAAGAGUGUUCAAUUUUCAAUAGCUGCUAAUACCAUUAUGAUUUUUUUAUGCUUAUGAUUUUUUUAAUUUGCUUGCUCUAGUCUUAGCUACAUAGCAUUCAUUGAAGCUCAAAGUCGCUCAAACAUGACCCAAGUUACAGGUAUGAACCAAAGCAUCUCAACAAAUUUAUUUUAAUUUCAGCAAUGUAAAUGAGCCCAUCAAUAAAAAAAAAUACAAUAUGAGGUUUACAAAUUCUAAAGAAUAAUACAUUUUUAAUCUCACUGCAAAAUUUGCUAUUUCUAAUUCAUUUCCAAAGUUUUUAGGAACAAUUUUAUAAAAAUUCAGUUAGCAGAAGAGUAGUCUUGAAAUGAAAAGACAAUGUUACAGCACAACAUGUUAUCCUAGCACAGAGGCACGGAAUCUUUUGCAGUAUUACCUCUUGUUUUUAUUAAUGUAUAGUAUUUUCAAUUUGAGUUUUUAAAUUGCUUUGAAAAAAUUUUGUUUGGUAUUUAUUUGCUUCGUUUUGGUUCACUAACACUUUUCUGUAAAAAUCAUGCAGUCAUUUCUAUGGCGUCUUAUCCAAAGAUGGCCAGAUUAGGAAAUAUGAUUUCAUCCAUUCCAAUAGCCAUUUAACUCUAGCAAAGUCAUACAUGGUAGAAAUAAAAAAUGUUCAUCCCCACAGUACAAACAAAAACUGUAGGGCACUUGUCUCUUGUGAUCUAAAAUAUAUUUUUAGAUCAUCAUUUGUGACCACAUUUAUACUAAACAUCUGGUGGGCAAUCUGUCUCUGUUUCCCUCCAUUGUAAUGAUUUUCCUCUCCAGUCGCUCCUCCCCAGUGCAUCAGUUACUUGUUCAAGGCUUCUCAUAAGAUCAUAUGUCCCAUAUGUUGAUUGUUCCAAAUACACUUUUUUUUGGCCAUAUUCCCAUUCCUGAUCUUCCAAAACGUUUACACAUAAUUGUUUUGUUUUUUUUUUGGGAUGGGUAAAUUGAAAACAUUCUUCCACAUUCAAAACCUGUGUUUU